CGCGCCCGCCGCGCCGGCGGAGUGGCCGCAAGCGGCGGGCUCGCGCCUCGCGUCCCGCGGCGCGCGGCGAGCGCUGGCUCGCGGGCGAGGCCGGCAGAAUACCCAGCACCCGAUCCUGGACCUGGUCAGGGACCCCAAGAUCUCCGAGGAGGAUCUCGACGGUUACGUGUCGUUCCUGGACGCUGGAGGCCACCUGCAGGAGAGCGACGAUUUCCAGAGAAUCAUCAGGCAGUACGUGUCGAAGCAGAGGUGGUCCGAUGCGAUCUACUGGCUGUCCGAGAUGCUCAGGCUCGCGCUGCAGCCGAAGGCGAAUCUCCUCAGCUCUUGCGUGCGCUCCUGUGACGCGGCAGGGCAGUGGGAGCACGCCCUGGCGAUGGAGGACGAGAUGACAAGGACCGGCGUGGGGCUGGAGGACACGUACGUGCCCACGACCUGCUGGCAUGCGCCCCCGCAGGACCCCAGCGCCGACAUGGAGGCCUGGAAGAGUGCCGGCGAUUGGCCCGCGGUGCUGGCGCUGCUGGAGGGGCUGCGGCGGAGAGGUGACGUCGUCCUCGGCACGCGCGAGUGCGGCGCCGCCGCGUGGGCCUGCAAGAACGGAGACAGGCGGCGGCGUGCGGAGGCUAAUUAUACCAAGAGUGAAAACACACAGACACAAGCAAUCGUCGCUACCCC